AUGGGCUCAACAACACAACGGCCAAAGAUUCUCCUCCUGGGAAGCAUCGACUUCGCCAAAUCGACAUGGAAUGACCUAUCUGACAUCGCCGAUCUGAUCGAACCAAAGAGCACAAACCGAUCAGACUUUAUCAAAGAAUGCCGGACCGACCACCUCACCGGCGUCGUAGCAGCCUACAGAACCUUCGCCUCCGGCUCCAUAACCGGGAAAUGGGACGAAGAACUUAUCGAUGCGCUUCCCAAAAGCCUACAGUUCUGCAUCAACAACGGAGCGGGCUACGACGCCAUUGAUGUCCAUGCCUGCGCUGAUCGCCAACCACCGAUCAAGGUCGCCAAUGUGCCGACGAUAGUCGACGAUGCUACGGCCGAUACCGCCGUUUUCCUGAUCCUCGGAGCGCUGCGAGGGUUCAAUACUUCCAUGCUCUCCCUGAGGAACGGAGAGUGGAGAGGCAAGCAACCGCCGCCACUGGGGCAUGAUCCGGAAGGCAAGGUGUUGGGGAUCUUGGGUAUGGGAGGUAUUGGCCGGAACAUGAUGAAGAAGUGUGCCGGAUUCGGCAUGAAGACGAUCUACCAUAAUCGUAAGAAGUUGAGUGAGGAGAUGGCGGGUGGAGCCAAGUAUGUUGAGUUCGAGGAGCUGCUUGCACAAUCGGAUGUCCUGAGCUUGAACUUGCCACUCAAUCCCAAGACUCGCCACAUCAUCUCAACGGAACAGUUCAAGAAGAUGAAGAAAGGCAUUAUCAUAGUCAACACAGCUCGCGGCGCAGUGAUGGACGAAGCAGCUCUGGUAGAGGCUCUUGAGAGCGGUCAAGUAGCGUCCGUAGGCUUAGAUGUCUAUGAGGAGGAGCCGAAGAUCCAUCCAGGCCUGGUGGAUAACCCUCACGUCAUGCUGCUACCACAUAUGGGGACCUGGACGCUGGAAACGAUGACGGCGAUGGAGGAGUUCAGCAUCGGUAAUGUGAGGUCUGCAGUCGAGACAGGCAAGCUGAAGAGUCCAGUGCCUGAGCAUGCAGAUUUGUGA